AAACCCAACCUUCCACUCCUGUAAAUAAUCCAAAACCCCAAGUUAGCUGUGAGAUUACCAACACCUCCAUAUGCUCUAAGGCCAAAGACCAAGACACAAGCUCGUCCAAACCCAUCAGCAGGACAAGAGAUGAGCUCUCCAGUCUCACCUUACCUUAUAGCUCUCUUCUCAGUGAUCUUGUUCUCAACUUCCUCAUAUGCCACCCCACCAAUCUCCAACAGCACCCAUGACUCCAUUGUCCAAUGCCUUCUCCACCACUCCAUUCCCCACAAUCUCCUCUACACCAAAAGCACCACCUCCUACACCACCCUCCUCCAAUCCUCCAUCCAAAAUCAAAGGUUCAACACCCCCACCACCCCAAAACCAUUCCUCAUCGUCUCACCGACCCUCGAAUGCCACGUCCAAGCCACCGUCAAAUGCUCCCAUAGCCAUGGCCUUCAAAUUAGAGUUCGGAGCGGCGGCCAUGACUACGAAGGCCUCUCCUACGUAUCCCAUGAUCCACCAUUCAUCGUUUUGGACCUACACAACCUUAGUUCUAUCAGUAUAGAUACUAGCCAUAGCACUGCAUGGGUCCAAGCUGGUGCAACGAUAGGAGAGUUAUACUACAGAAUUGCUGAGAAGAAUAGGACUGCUGGAUUCCCAGCAGGGCUUUGCCCGACCCUUGGAAUCGGCGGCCACUUAAGCGGUGGCGGGUUCGGGACCAUGCUGAGGAUGUAUGGGCUUGCAGCUGAUAACAUUAUCGAUGCUAGGCUAGUGAACGCUAAUGGUGAGAUCCUGGAUAGGGAGUCCAUGGGUGAAGACUUCUUUUGGGCCAUCAGAGGAGGAGGAGCAGCAAGCUUUGGGGUCAUUCUAGCAUAUAAGAUCAAGUUGGUGUAUGUCCCACCUAAGGUCACAGUGUUCACCAAGAGCACAAACCUUAGCCAUGGUGCAAAAACGCUUACCAGCAAGUGGCAACAAAUAGCUUACAAGUUGGAUGACAGGCUAUUCAUCAGAGCAGUCAUACAAGUUGCGAGUGAUGAAAGGUCAAGCAGAACAAUCCAAGUUCGUUUUGAAUCCCUGUUCCUUGGUGAGAAAGAAGAGCUCCUAGCUCUAAUGGGAGAGAGCUUUCCUGAGUUAGGCUUGAAGGCUGAGGACUGUCAAGAGAUGAGUUGGAUAGAGUCUGUCCCAUACUUUGCUGGGUACAAGAAUGGAGAACCUCCAAGUAUUCUCCUUGAUAGGAAACCUCAAUUCAAUAGCUCCUACAAGGCUAAGUCGGACUUCUUGACAGAGCCCAUCACUGAAUUGGGGUGGGAGAGGAUUUGGCAGGAAAUGCUCAGAGGCGAGGAGCUAUCGAUGCUUAUACUCGAUCCAUAUGGUGGGAGGAUGGAUGAGAUCUCUGAGUCUGAGAUUCCCUUCCCUCAUAGGAAAGGGAGUUUGUAUAAUAUACAGUACUUAGUGGGCUUGGGAGAGGGAGGGGCUAAAGAGAUGAAGAAGCAUUUGGAUUGGUUUAGGAGUUUCUAUCAGUUCAUGGCUCCUUAUGUUUCAAAGAACCCAAGAGCUGCCUAUUUGAACUACAGGGACCUUGAUUUGGGCAGUGAUAGGGUGGGCAGCACGACUUACACAAAGGCUAUGGUGUGGGGAAGGAGGUAUUUCAAGAGUAACUUUGAGAGGUUGGCAGUUGUAAAGGGCAAGGUUGAUCCUGGGAAUUUCUUUAGAAAUGAGCAGAGCAUCCCACCUCUCUUUCCUGCUUAGAGAAGCAUGCAGAGCAAGAAGGAUUCUCGAGCAAAUAUGUGUGAUUUAGAGCAAAUGCAUUGAUCCCUACAGGCAAAAUGUGUGAUAUGGCUCUCUAUGUAUUAUUUCUAACUUUUUCCAAGCAAUGGCACUAUAGUUUCAAUAUUUGGCCCUGUUCAAGGCGCCACACUAGGGAAGUUU